GGUCGCCUGGUAACAACUGUCUUUCAAACUCACCCGCCAUUUCUAAAGGAAUCAUACAGUGUAAAAGAGCCCGUUCAAAAACCUUGGAGGAAGCCUACAAAGAGAAGUAACUUUAAAGUUAACGACAAAGAAGAGUUUUAUUUAUCAUUAUGGAGGACGCCAUCGGAAGAACCGUUUUACAGGCGACACAAAUGGUCGAAGAACAAGUUGAUGCCGAACUUAACCGUUUGGAAAAAAUGACGGGGGACGAGCUUGAAGAAUUGCGAGAAAAACGCAUGCAGCAGAUGAAAAAAAUGCAGCAACAGAAACAAGAAUGGGUCCACAAAGGACACGGAACAUACAGCGAAAUUCCAAGCGAGCCUGAUUUUUUCCCGAUGACGAAAGACAGCCCUAGACUUGUCGUUCACUUUUACAGGGACGAAACAUUGCGUUGCAAAAUCGUGGAUAAGCAUCUAGCAUUACUCGCUCCGAAGCAUAUGGAGACGAAAUUCGUGAAAAUUGACGUGAGUAAAUGCAAGUUUCUAUGUGAAAGGUUGAGUAUUAAGAUGCUGCCGGCAAUAUUACUUGUUAAAGAUGGCAAGUUUGUUGAUCGUAUUGUUGGAUUUGAUGAAUUGGGCGGACACGAUGACUUUUCUACCGAGAUGUUGGAAUGGCGGAUUGCCCAUUCUCAAGCUAUUAAUUAUGGUGGUGAUCUCAGCCAGCCACCUGAUAAGCCCAAAGCAUCAGGUGCUACUAUACUAAAGAAGUCCAUAAGAGGACGUCAACAAGACAGCGAUGAUGAUGAUGACGAUGAUGAUUACUGAAUUUAACCAGCAGAAGCUGCUGCAGACGUUUAUAUCCCCACCAAGCUCAGUCAAUGGCUUUUUAACGGAGAUGUUUGUCUCUUUAUAAUCCAUUAAAUAUGAGUAACAACAACAUAACGUUUCAUGGUACCAAGACUUCUGGCAGAUUUGGCAACAUUGUUGUUAUUAUUGUAAAAAGAAAGUAAUGACAUUGAACUGAAAGUUUGUUUUAUUGCAUUUUAAGUACAAACAUAUCAAUUAGUGCCUACACAUGGGACUAGCUUUCGUUUAAUUACAUUUAUUUUUAGUAUAACAAUUCAGAACAUAAAAUUGUGUUAAAUUAUGUCUAUUUAAUGGGAAAAAUGGCUACUGACCAUACUGAAAGCUUUUUAAACCUUUUGUUAAUAUCUUGUUUUACUAAGUAGCAAUGUGUGGUGCCAGGUGUCUUUCUUGUCAAAGAUACUGUUAUUGUAAUUGAGUAUUUACAGGUUUGAACAGUA